UAAAUAUUUUUCUUAGUUUGUGAGCAGCAGUUGAACGAUAAAUACGAAAUUUUUAGAAAAAUUGUGCGAAUACGGAAACAGACAACGACAAUACUAAACGGCACGCGAGUUAUGUAAGCAGUAUUUAGGCCGUCAUUAAAUUUAAAUUGAAAAAAAAAAAAAAUAUACAUAAAAAAGUUAUUUUUAUAACUAAAAAAGCUUUUUUUUAAAUAAAGAAAAACGAAAAUUUGUCAGAAAAUUUAAAAAAAUUGCAAUAAAUUAAAACGAAAAAGUAACGGUUUUAAGAAAGUGUACAGUGUUAAUAAAACAGGAAGUGUUAAAAUUUGAAAAUAUACAUACAUAUAUAUACUAAAAGAUAUCAACCUCCUCACCCUUAAGCAAAGACGAUAGAAAAAUAUGAGCUCACUUGCAAAUAAUAGAAAUGGAGGGAUGUUAAUCACUCGAAAUGAACGUUCUAUGCCAAAAUGGGUGACAGAGCAAAGUGAUCGCAUUGGUCCAAGACCACCACCGCCUCCCUUAACACCGGAAAAUGGUCAUGCUCCGGCAAAACAACCCAGUUUGCCGCCAAAAACUAAAUCGCAACCAGAACCGGAUUAUGAAGUUAUUGAAUUCUCUAAUCAACAAUACUCAAAUGCUCCCCUGAGACCAAAUUCUGCCAGUUCUGGUUCAAAAACACCAGAUAAUAAACUAAAAUGUACUUUAUGUGGUUCUGGCAAUCCUUGGGUUACCUGUGAAGAAUGUGCUCAACAAAUAUUUUGUGCCUCUUGUGACGAUAUGUUUCACAAGCAUCCCAAACGUAAAGAUCAUCAAAGAAAGACCAUCGAAAAGUCACGCCCACCCAUACCGCCUAAAACUUUACCCGGUCAACCAGGACCCACACCGCCAGUGGCUCCACCCAGACGCAAUAAACGCGGCUUAAUGACACCCAUCAUGCAGCGCAAGGAUCAGGGUAAUGCUAUGCCGGCGCCAUUUCCUGUACCUCCAUCACCUACACCUUCUAUGAAGAAUGCAUCUUGGCAAGAACGCUUUGGUUCUUUGCCCAGAGGUUUGAACUUAUUAAAUCGUCCAUUGCCCGAAACUCCCAAGACGCCAAGUGAGUCGUCACGUUCAACGACGCCCAAAUCAGUAUUCGAUAAUAUACAACGUCCACCCUCGGUGGCGUUGGAGAAGAUCAAAAGUAAAGCAAAUGCUACACUGGAUCGCAUGCAAUUGUUGCAGCAACGCUAUAGGCAACAGAAAGAACAAAUGGAAAGAGAACGCAGUGGCUCGGUAACAGAUCAGAAUAUGUCAGCAUUCGAUCAAUGGUCAAGCAUUUCACAAUCGCCAUCACAUUUUCGUUCUGGCAGCAUGUCGUCUGGUAUCAACUCAUCCCAUCUAGACCUAAUGGAUGAUAAUAAUUUCAAUUUGUUCCAUCAGCGUCAAAUGGCAUUACAGCAUCAUCAAAUGGCCGUACAACGGGCCAAUCAGUUAGGUCAACGUGGCAUGUCCAGUUCGGUAUUUAAUCUAAAUCAGAUAAACCGCAAACAGAAUGUAACAAACAAUGGUUGGAUGAAUAAUCCCAUGCAACAGGCCCAGUCCAUGGCUCAGUUAAAUUGUGCCAAUUGUGCUCAGCAACAAUCUCAAUGGAAUGGACCCAAUCAGCAUCAUAUGCAUAUGCAUCAAGAUCCCUGGAGUAAUCAGUUGUCAUCACAGCAACAUUUAAAUCGUUCCAAUAUGUCUUUGAAUGUUCCCGCUGGCUAUAUGAUGCAACCACACAUGAAUGGCAUGUAUCCACCACCGACUUUCAUGAAUCAAAGAGGUUUCCAACAAAUGUAUCCACAGCCUUACAUGGGUGGUAUGCCUGUAAUGAAUCCAGGUUUAAUUGGUAUGCCACCUUCCACUUCUCGCGCAGCUUCACGAGCUGGUUCUCGUAUGGCUUCACCAGCAAUGAGCCGCAAAUCUGUUACAUUAAGGCGCAAACAACGUUCUAGUUAUAUCGACGAUGAAGCUACCGAUGAUGAAGAUUCCGAUGAAGAUGAUCGUCGUUCAAUAACUUCAGCUCGUUCUGGUGUUUCAAGAACUCGACAAAGACGCAUGUCCAGUGCUUCCCAAUUUCCUCUAGACGAUGAUAUUGAAUUAUCGCAGUCUAAAGCACAUCGCAAUCGAGCACGCAACCAGCGCAGAGAUUCAAUUGCCAAAUCCGUUCAUAAUGAUUGGGCACCAGGAAGAGGAACAUCUUCCAGCAAUAAUAAUAAUCGUUCGGCAGAUUCUGGUUUUAAUAGCCCGCUCAAACCCUCACGUAUAUAUUCAGAUCUGGAUUCAGAAGGUUCGGGUACCAGAGCUUUAGUACAAGCCAAAAUCGAACAAAAACUAAAAGAAGAAAAUCUUAAACAAAAGUCGUCAAAACCUAAAAGGCAAAGCCAGUCCCCAACACCCCAAAAGACAAGUGCUGCAGUACAAACACCGGCAGUAAAACAAACAACUAAACAAGAAAUAAUCGAAAAAGUUGUGGACGAACCGGUAAAACAAGAGAGACAGCCAUCGGCAAGUGAAUCGGAAGAAGAACAGCAACCUAUUAAAAAGGAACAGCAGCCAUUAGAGGUGGAGGAAAAACAAGAAUGUGCUACAGAAGAGGAAGAAGAAACUAAAAGUGAAGAAAGCGAAGAAUCAGAAGCUGAACAAGAACAAGAAACUGAACAAAUUGAAGUCAAUGAAAUAGAAGAAGACGAUUUGGGUCCUCCACCCUCGACACCAGACCACGAAUGGGAAUGUGAAUUUUGCACAUUUGUUAAUGAGGCCAAUAUAAAAAUUUGCUCUAUAUGCUGUAAAACUCCCAGUAUCAAACCAAAAAAAGCUAUAAAAUCUAUAUCUCCUCCUAAACAGAUUAAAACACCUUUGGUUAAAAAAGAGAAGGGACAUGCCAAGGAGAAAGAAAACGAAAAGGAAACUGUCAAGGAUCAUAAGGAUAAAAGUGGUACGAUUAAGAAGAAACCAUCAACGUCGUCACAGUCAUCAACCAUGCAACACACUACAACAAAUAACACUGAAACUACGAAAAUUACAAACAACAUUCAGACAACGAACACAGACUCUGCUCACACUACAGACGAUGCCAACAAUUUAACGCUCAAAACGAAAGAAUCUGUGGAGGACAUUUGGGCUACAUUGGAUGAGAAUAUUCAAGCUACAGCCCAUGAGGUCACACGUAAGGCUGAGUCUAAAAAGUCGUCAAAAGCAUCUACAGCUUGCGGUACUUCUUCGAAGUCAGCAAGUGUUGAGCGACAGGAAAACGAUUCACGACAGUCUCAGGCCAGAGAAAUAGGUACUUCACCACCACCUCAAAGUAUUUCCACUCAAACUUAUGACACUUUACCCAUACAUAAACCAGAAACUAGGGAAGAACCUAUUGCGAAACCCACAUCACAACCCUUGUAUAAUGAUAUGAUACAACAAACAAAUUUUCCUCCAUCUCCCAAGAUACAAGAUUUGAAAUCUUUCGAAGCCGAAGUUUUAAACAAGAUACACAAUAUCAGUCAUGUACCCUCUCAUCAUCACUAUCAGAACAAUCAUCAUCAUGCGAGUCAUCCCAUGUACUCCUACAAUGAACGUCAGCGUUAUCGUAGUAACAACGAUUUACGUAUGGAUGAUACAAUGUCUAUGGAUUUUGAGACAUUUAAUGGCUUAGGAAGGCGUCAACCAUCCAUAAGUGAAUUGAUGCUGUUGCAAAAAACUUCAUCACAAAUGCACUCACCCUUGGGUGGUAGCAUCUAUGAUUUACCCUAUCGCGAUCUCUCCUCUCUAAGAAUCAAUGACAUGGAAAACCAUAAAGAAUCUGAUUUAUAUAAACACACCACCGAAGAGCUUAAUGCUGCCUUGAAAUACUGUGGACCUGAUAUGCAUCCUUUAGUAUGGUUACGAGACAACUGGCCUAAACUGAUACAAACAGUACAAAGUUUGGCUACCAAAUAUGGUCAGGAGAGAGCUGAGAAUACUAUUGGCACUAUAUCACAGAUGGAAGCUAGAGAUGCCCUACGUCUGCAUACCGGCAAUAUAUGGCAAGCAGUAUCUGAGUGCAUAGAGCAAAGGCAACGCAAAUAUCGUGACAUUUCUUCAAAAGGCAACUUUUCCCGUGAAGAUAUUGUAACAGCUCUAACCACACAUCAAGGCAAUGUCGAGUUAGCUCUACUGGACUUAAGUCGCACACAACUGAAACCAUUUCUUAUGAGAAUCUGGGGUUCACCAGGGGGUGUAGAAAAUGAGAGCGGUUCUCUGCCUUUGUCCGUUUCGCCACACUCAUCAACACAAUCAACACACUAUAACAUGGACAAAGACAUUCAUAAUUUCCUCAGUGCCAAUGCUUCAGAAUGCAUGCAAACACCAAAUGCUACUGGUGCUUUUUCUAACAAUAAUCAGAUGCCAUCACCAUUUGAUCGACCAGCCUCAUUAAACUCUCCAUUCGAAAACAAUAAUCACAUGCUCGAUAAUACAUCCAGUUACAGUGCGGACAGUAAAGACUUUGCCAACAGCCCGCUACCCAUAGAUGAAACGAUACUCAGCAAUAAAAACGUUCUCAAAGAUCUUGAGACUCUGAUUGGCAAUAUGGAACACAAUCAACAAAAUCAAAACGAACAAGUACUACGAUCAAUACACGAUAUGAUUACUAAUGGAAAUCCCAAAACCGAUAACGAAUAUGAUUCCGAAACCAUGAGAAUAUUAACCAAAAGCCCCAUAACCUCAACUAAAUUUAAGACUACUCCCAAAGACAACAAUUCCGAAAAUGAAGCCGAUGUUAAGAACUUUGUUUGGCAGCAUAUACAGGAAAUUGUACCCAAUCUGGUGCAACAAGUCGAAAUGGAAUUAAUGGAAGAUAUUGAAGAAAAACUUAAAAAUAAUGAAGAAGUUGAAGAAAAAACUGAAAUUCAAGAAAUUACACCGGAACCUGUACAAGAAGCUCCUGCACCACCACCACCGCCACCAAUAGAUCAAGAUGAAUUUCUCAUGGAAGAAGUUAUAAAACCAAAUAUCAAAAAUGCUUCCAUUCGAGAAGAAUUGCCACCCCAAUAUGUUUAUACUGCAGAAAUUGCCACUUUUCAAUUGGCAUUUGAUAAGGGCUUAGAGAGAGAACAUGAAGAAGAGUUCGAUUUUGAGACAUUGGAAGAAGCUUCGCGACUGGUGUUUAAGUUGUUUAAAGCUCCAGAUGCUCAAAUUCCUCAACCGACAGAAGAGACUGUGCAAGCACCAGUUCAGGAUCAUAAAAAUAACAAUGCAGAUUUGCCAGAAACACAAGUCCAAAAACCAAUUCCGACUUUAGCUCAAUCUGUUACUAUACUUAACUACAUACCACCAACAGAAGAGAAUAAUUUGGAAAAUCAAGUUCAAGUAUCUUUCAAUUCUGGUACUCAAAAUGCAAUUCCAAAAUCUUCUGACAAUGACUCUUUGUUAGAAAAUCAAAUGCCCUCUAAUUCGGCAACUGAAUUAAAUCCUGAAUUGAUAACAAUACCCAAUGUGGUAAAUGUGGAAGAGACUCUGGUACAAAAUCCAUCAGCUUCUGGAUCUCGAUCAGAUUCAUUGCUGAACAACAAUGAAAUCCCAACUACACUUCGUAAAGAUAAUAACAAGGAAACUAUUGUUGAAGUAAUAGCUUUUUCUGAAAAUCAGUCUGAAGUCUUGCCAGAAAUUAAUAAUCGAAACAUAUCCGAAAACUUGAGUGUAGAAGAACCACAAGCUCCAAGUGCAGACACUUCACUCAAAUCUGAUGAAAUCCCAAAUACAUCCCAAAAUGUCAAUUUACUUGAAACAAAUCUUCUAACAGCAGUUCCCACUAAAGUUGGCAAUGAUGCAGUAACAACGAAUGCUGGAGUUUCAAAUCAAAAUUCUGAACCUCUGAAUUCCUCCGAAAUCAUUAAAAGUCCUGUUCCAACACAAACUGAGGAGCCUUUAGUUAAGGAAGAUAACUCCUCAACAAAUAAUAAUAACGCGUCCCCUAUGAGCAUUAAUCAACCUGCAGCAUCAUUAUCUUCGAAUGAUGGCAACAAAACUCCAAUCUCUGAAACAGCUCAUACAUCUGAUUUUACACAACCUAUAGAAGAAUCAGCAGUAGUUAUGAAAGCUAAGGAGAAACAUGAAAAUCCAACGACAUCAAGCCAAAGAGGAAAGUCCAACAAACAAUCUAAAAUUAGAACUAAAAAUAUUAAUCAAUACAAGCGAACUACUUUAAAAGAUCUUUCAAAGGAACUAGAACAAGCUGAAAGUGCAAUGAGCAAUGUUGAAAAACCUCCAACAUCUGAUAUGCCUAACUAUUCUGAAACAACAGGAAAUACUGCAAAUACAACUGAACAAGAGCCUGAAGUGGUAGUUCAAAAAGAUAAUUCUUCAAUAGAUCAUAUACAACCAUCUGAAGAAAAUAUAGAAAAUAAAUCAGAAACGAGCUCAGUUCCUGUGGAACAACAAGGGGAUGAAAUACAACCAUCUGAAGAAAAUAUAGAAAAUAAAUCAGAAUCGAGUCCAGUUCCUGAGGAACAUGGUAAUGUUUCAAAAACUUCUAGCACACCAAAAGAAAUAGUUUCCGUAAUUGAGACAAAAACUUCAACAAAUGAAGCUUCAGCAUCUUCAUCAAAUAAAAGAGUAUCCAAAAUUCCUGUACGCAGAACUGCCAGCAAUAAAAGUUUAAUAAAUACAUCCACCACAAUCUUAAGAAAAACUAAUUCAAAUGAGAUUGUAAAAACGAAUGAACAAAAUGUGCCUACAACAGUGCCAUCACAGGUGGUGGAAAUCCCUCAAACACCUAGCGAUUUAAACAACUCAAACAAUCUUACUAAUGAUGAGAUAACCGAGGAUGAAUCAGAAGAGGAAGAACUUUAUAGUAUCGAAAGCGAUACCUCCACAACGGAAGUAGCUUCUAGAGCUGAUCAAUUUCAAUCUCCUAGUACCACUAGUGAAAUGUUCUUGGUAAUACAACAGGAGACAACAGACAAUAAUAGUACUAUUGCACCAUCUACAAGCAGUUCCACACUACACUCUACUAUCAGUCAAUCUUCUGGUUUAAAAUCACCAACUGAAUUCAUACCAUCCGGUGAUCCUGCGAAACAAAAUCUCUCCGAAUUAGUGGAAGACACCCAAAGAUUGAUCAAACAAAUGAAAGAUGAAAUAAGUAUAGAUGAUUUCGAAUCUUCUACAGAUGACGAAGAGUACACAGACGAAUACUCCGAUGAGUAUGAUGAUGAAGAAGAAGGAGAAGAGGAGGAAGAUGAAGACUGGGAAGAGGGAGAAGAGGAGGAAAAAGAAGACGAAACCGGGGAUGAAGAGGAAUAUGAUGAUAUCACUGAAGAUAUAACUGAGGGCAACGAAGAAGAAUCCAUCAGCAAAACUCAAUCUCCUCUACUAAGCCAAGAAUCUCAAGAUCACAGAGAUAUACACAACAGCUCAGCUUUGUCCAAUAUAACCGAAUCAUCUGAUCAUUCACAAACAUUACUAUCUGAUCACUUCGAACAGGAUGAGCCAAUAACUGAAACAGAAACUAAUGAUACACAAAAUCAAAUUAACUCUAAUGAAGAAACCGCUGCAUUUGUUGAAACGGAAAAUACUUUACCAGAGCUGCCAGUAGAAACUGUGAUUGAUAAUCACUUAGAGCAGUCACAAUCUUCUAUGCAAUUUGUAGAAUCGGAAAAUGUUUUACCGGAAAUGUCAGUUGAAACGGUUUUACAGAAUGUCAAUUCAUUAUCACCAAAAGAUAAAGCAUUGAACACACAACAGCAUUCUAAUACACAACAUGAUUCCGAAGACAAAUCUGCAUUAGUUAGUGGUUUAAGAGAUAUACUUUCAGCUUCUACUACUAUAGCCAAUGAAUUGGAGACAGAGAAUGACUUACCGGAGUUGCCCGCGGAGGUAGUUGUAGUCAAUUCGAGAAAUGCUGAAGCGAUACUGGAACCUGUAGCAAUUUCACAAAGUAAACAAGAACUACCUACAACUUCUAAUAAACAAUCACCAACAACAGAGGUUAACUCAAGCGAUUCGACUAAAGAAAUUCAAAUUGAGGAUCAGUCUACCAAAAUAUCAGAUGAUCUACCAUCAACAAUAAAGAAGCAACAAACAGAAACUGAGGCUUUAUUGUCAAAUCAGGAAGCUAAUUUACCUAUAGGGAUUAAUAUUGAGGAUCAGUCCAUGGCAACUUCGGAGGAUAUAACAUCAACAAUAAAUACACAACAAACAGAAACACAGACUUUAUCUUCAAGCCAGGCAGCUGAUUCUAAUGAAGCAGAUUUCGCAAGUGUCAAAAAUGAUAUGCCAUCAACAAGCAAUGUUAAAACAACAUCUCUACCGAAACCAAACUCCCAACGCAAAGUUUCAGAAGCAAAUAACGACAAUCUGCCCUCCACUAGCAAAGGAAUAACAUCCUCCGAAAACAAGAAAAAGUCAAAUGAGGAAGUUAAACCUUCAGUGAAAAAACCGCUAACAGCUAGUAAAAUACCUAAACCUAAAGAAAUGCCCAAGGAAACAAAAACAAAAGAGACCACAACAGCAAAACCACAAAAUGAGUUCAAAAAGAAAUUAUACACACGAUCAAAAUCAUUUUCUGGACCAACAACACCAAUUGGCAUAGCAUCCGUAAAAACUAUAAGUCAAAAGUUUAUAAGUCCAACUCUUAAUGCAGCCCCAACACCCACACCAAAAGUAUAUCCCACCGUUAAAAGAAAGUCUUCUAUUGUAGAAGCUAUAAAUAAACUUACUAGACCCACUCCCUCUAGCACAGAAAAGCCUGCUGUAAGUUCUCUAUUCAAGUCGAGAACUCAGCCACGCAUACCGAAAAAGAAAUAUCACGAAACUUGUUUUUCGGAUGAUGACUAUGAAUCCUCAUCGGAAGAAGAAGAACUAGAACCUUUGGAAAUAAGGCAACGUAAAUUAAGUGUACCCGUUUUCAGAGCAUAUCCAAGUGUUCAAGAGCAGGUCCAAGAGGAGGUUAAUACGGAGGAACUUGUUCAAAAGUUCAUGAAGGAAGAGCUGACUGCCACUAUUGCAGAAGCUCAAAUUGCUGCCGCUUUGGUUUCUAUGAAAUUCCAACAAGAUGUUUCAUUAUGGGCGGCCAAAGAGUGCAGCGAUCUUGAUCAUGCUGUGGCCUUACUUAAACAGGAAUGUGAACUUUGUAGCGGCACUUAUGCCCUUAACCAAAUCGUAUCCAUGCUCAAAUGUACCCACAAAUGUUGCAAGCAAUGUGCCAAAACUUAUUUCACCGUACAGAUAACCGAACGCAGUAUUAACGAUUGUAGUUGUCCUUUCUGCAAAUUACCCGAACUGCAUAAUCAAACCGAACAUGAAGAUGAAAAUCUGGAAUAUUUCUCCAAUUUGGAUAUAUUUUUGAAAAACAUACUUGAGCCAGAAGUUCACGAAUUAUUCCAACGUAAACUAAGAGAUCGUACACUACUCAAAGAUCCCAACUUUAAAUGGUGUGUACAAUGCUCUUCGGGAUUCUUUGCUAGACCCAAACAAAAGCGUCUUAUAUGUCCCGAUUGUGGUUCAGUAACCUGUGCUCAAUGUCGGAAGACGUGGCAAAAACAACAUGAAGGCAUUUCCUGCGAUCAAUAUUCUGAAUGGGAAUCAGCCAAUGAUCCAGAGGUACAAGCUAAGGGAGUUCAACAGCAUUUAGAACAAAAUGGCAUCGAUUGUCCCAAGUGUAAAUUUAGAUAUUCUUUAGCCAGAGGUGGCUGCAUGCAUUUCACUUGCACCCAGUGCAAAUAUGAAUUUUGUUAUGGCUGUGCCAAACCCUUUAUGAUGGGUGCCAAAUGUAACAUUUCACCAUAUUGUGCCAAAUUAGGUCUUCAUGCCCAUCAUCCGCGUAAUUGUUUGUUCUAUUUGCGUGACAAACUGCCCAUACAGCUGCAGAUUCUGCUGAAAAAUAAUGCUGUACCAUUCGAAGUGGAUCCCAUUGAAACGCCCGAGAACAGUGUGGAUGAUAAUGAGCCAAGUUCAUCGAAAAAGAAAGAGUUGCUUUGUCCCAUACCCAUACAAAAAGAAACACCUACUGGUCUGGUAGAUACCAGAUGUAAUGGUGAUGUGCCCGAAAAACAUGCAGGAAUGUGUCGCACUCAUUAUGUGGAAUAUUUAACGGCCAAAGUGGCUAAAGCGAAAAUUGAUCCUUUACCCAUAUUCGAUUUGACGGAUUGUGUUCAAGAGUUACGCCGUCGCGGCAUAGCCUUACCAGAACGUGGUCCUUGGGAUACAGAUGAAAUCUAUAAAACUAUGUGUGCUGAGGUUAUACAAAAGAAUAUACCUUUAGAUAUGGCUUAAAAACGCAUUAUUGGGACUGUCUUUUUUUU